CAGCUGCUGCCACACUGGACCCAUCCGAACGGAGUCGAACCCAGAAGCUUCCGGGCCGUCGCCUGUCCUCAGAAUCCCUGUGAUGCCCCAGGGUGGGCGGAGCUGCUCGGGGGUUGCGAUGCCGUACAAAGACCGUCAGAACCGCAGCUGUGGCUUCCUGGACAUCGAGGAGAACGAGAGCAGCGGCAGGUUCCUGCGCAGAUACUUCAUCCUGGACACGCAGCAGGGCAGCCUGCUGUGGUACAUGGACAACCCACAGAAUCUGCCUCAAGGUGCAGAGAAGGUGGGAUCUCUGAAGCUCACCUACAUCUCUAAGGUCAGUGAUGCCACCAAACACAGGCCAAAGGCAGAGUUCUGCUUCGUCAUAAAUGCAGGAAUGAGGAAGUUUUACCUGCAAGCCAACGACCAGCAGGACUUAGUAGAAUGGAUCAGUGUUCUCAACAACGCCACCAAGAUUACUGUUCCAAAGCCCGGUGAAGGCCACACGUCCCACGCAGAGACGCCACAGGACGUCCUGGGAACGAAGCAGGUCUCCUACAAGACUGAGAUCAUAGGAGGGGUCCCUAUCACCACCGCUACUCAGGAGCAGGGAGACGGGCAGAACGGGGCGGAGCGAGGAGGCGUGAAGCGGACUCAGAACCAGCUGCCCUACUUCCUGUCCAGAGGAGCCCAGGACCAGGCCGUCAUCAAGGCCGGAUACUGCGUCAAGCAAGGAGCUGUGAUGAAGACGUGGAAGAGGAGGUACUUCAUGCUGGAGGAAAACGCUCUCAGCUACUACAAAUCGGACCAGGAGCGGGAGGCGCUGAGAGUCAUCGCUCUGAAGGAGAUCCACAAAGUUCAGGAGUGUAAACAGAGCGAGCCGAUGAUGAGGGACAAUCUGUUUGAGAUGGUCACCAGCUCCAGGACCUUCUACAUUCAGGCGGACAGUCCAGAGGACAUGCACAGCUGGAUCAAAGCCGUCUCAGGAGCCAUCGUGGCUCAGCGUGGCCCCGGGCGCUCGGCCAACACUGUCCGUGGGGCCAGAAGGCUGUCCAGCCCUUGUAUACAGAGGUAUACUCCCUUCUGCAGUGGUGAAUGCAGCACGAACACAGUGACCACUCGUCUCCCUCCCCAACGUCCUCCUCCACCUUCUACUACCCCCUCCAGCCGGAACUACACUACCCACAAUCCUCAGCGGGUUCUCAGCCUCACGCUGGACACGCACCAGCCGGACAACUUCCUGGGCCUGCUGCCCUGGAGGCUGAGCCAGUCCGGGAUGAGGCCCCUCCCUCCGGCGCGCUCCCGCCUGUCGCUGCAGGAGACGCUGCAGUCGUCCAAGUGACGGACAACCAGUCGCCGUGGAAACGCCGCAGCGGAAUGGGGGAGCAGGCGUUAGAUGGCAGCAGCGGAGAG